AUGGAAGAAUUCAGUAAAGAUCUCGUGUGGUAGGUGUGCUUGUGUUAUUCAGGACAACGCCCUCUCAGGAAGGAUCGUAUUCGCAAAGAGACGCAGACUGCGAAGAUCUGGCCUACACGUUGGCUUUUCCUGACUAAAACUCAAAAAGAGGUACUCGGCGAUGAUAUUGAACAGCUGAUCGAUAAAGCCCGGCCAAAAAUAGAAUUGCCUGAGAAUAUGAGACCUCCUGUGUCGAAGUCAGCUAUUGACUACCUAAAGCCAAUCCCAUCUCCCACGCCUCCUCCCAAGACCACCAGUGGUCUCAUUGGCUGGCGCUCUGGGCACGAGUGCUGUCUUCUCGAAAGGGCCACUGAGAAUAUGCACCCCCAGGGUGAUUUUCUCAAGCGCAUGGGCUGGCCGACUGAAUGCUUGCCAUGA